CUGCGCGUGCGCGGGGCGGGCGCAGCGCCGGCUCCGGGAGCGCGGGGGGGGCGAAGCGGCGGCACCGGCACCGACACCGGCACCGACACCUCACCGGGGCUCGCAGCCUUCGCCGGGGAGGAGGAGGAGGACGAGCGGAAGAAGCAGGCGGAGGCGGAGAGCAGCGGGUGGCGGUCGCGGGUGCCGCCGCGGGGAGCGGAGCGAGCGCGGGGCGGCGGCGGCGGCUCCUCCAUCAUGUCGUCGGGCGGGGACUUCGGGAACCCGCUGCGGAAAUUCAAGCUGGUGUUCCUGGGCGAGCAGAGCGUGGGGAAGACUUCCUUGAUCACCAGGUUCAUGUAUGACAGCUUUGACAACACCUACCAGGCAACAAUUGGCAUUGACUUCUUAUCGAAAACCAUGUACUUGGAGGAUCGAACAGUACGGUUGCAAUUAUGGGACACAGCAGGUCAAGAGCGGUUCAGGAGCUUGAUUCCUAGCUACAUUCGUGACUCCACUGUUGCAGUUGUUGUUUAUGAUAUCACAAAUGUAAACUCCUUCCAGCAAACCACAAAGUGGAUCGAUGACGUCAGGACGGAACGGGGCAGCGAUGUCAUCAUCAUGCUGGUGGGAAAUAAAACAGAUCUAGCAGACAAGAGACAAGUGUCCAUUGAGGAAGGAGAAAGGAAAGCCAAAGAGUUGAAUGUAAUGUUCAUUGAAACUAGUGCAAAAGCAGGAUACAAUGUAAAACAGCUUUUCCGACGUGUGGCAGCUGCCUUGCCCGGGAUGGAAAGCACACAAGACAAAAGUAGAGAAGACAUGAUUGACAUAAAACUGGAAAAGCCUCAAGAGCAGCCUGUCAGUGAAGGAGGCUGCUCCUGCUAAUACCAUGUGGCUUCCACCUUUCUCCAGAACAUCACUGCUUUCCCUCCCUGUCCUCUUCAUUGACUGCAGUGUGAAUAUUGGCUUGAACCUUCCCCUUUCCGUAAUAACGUAUCGCAGUUCAUCAUCGCUGGCUGUCUCGUGGAGAUGAUCUUUAGCUUCACAAGCACACCCCACACACACACACACACCAACAAAAUGUCAGUGUCUUCAUUAUUUAUAAGAAAAGAAAAAAAAAAAGCCAAAAUAUUCCACCGUAUUCUAGGUAUAACUUUAAAAAAAAACAAAAGCGAAAAAAAAAAGAGAAAAUCCAAACAAAAAAAAAAUAGGUACAAUUUCUUAAUAUUUGUUCCUUUUUUAAUAUGUUAUGAUAUUGCACUUUGAAAUGAUGGCAACUGAGUAAGUUUGGAAUUGGACCUAGACGAGAUGUAUGUGCAGAAGAAGGCUUGCAAAUCUGACCCAUUGGAAUUUCUCUCAGAAACUGGGAAUGCGUAGACAGCAAGGCGGAAUCACGGGGGGAGGCGGCAGAUGCCGAGGGGUUGAGGGCUUAUCCUUGAUAAUUAAACACAAAUUAACCCCAAGCUCUUAAUUGCGAGCCUGCCUGGUGUCCAGAGCCAGCCUGGCCUUAGCAGGGGUGGGACACCCCGGCUGCUGGAGCUGGGAAUUGUCGCCGAGGCAGCGGGGACACGAUUCCAAGGAAGCAUUACUGGGAAAUACGGACGGGCUCUUUGGGAUGAGUGGCUUCUGGAGGAUUUGGGGGGGAAGGAAAGGGUGGAUGUGCAUUAGCAAAACACUUGCAGGAAACAGGGAAAUAAUGUUUGGAGUGCAAAAUGAGUUUUCAGAGCUUUUUUUUUUGUCCUUUCUAAGUAGAACACCAAUGAAGUGAAUUAUUACUGCCCAAGAGAUGGGAACUUAACAGUUCAGCUGUUUGGAAGAGAAAGCAUUUUGCUUCUUUGCUUUUUUUAGGGGAAAUACUGAAAUCAGGACUGGCGCUAAAACCUGCCAAAGCCGAUUGAAACCUUGGAAAUUUGGGAGAAAGAGGGAAGAGCAGCUGGCUGCCCCAGCAGAGGGGGAAUGGCCCCGCUUUUCCAGAGCGUGGGCAUAGGUCGGUGGGGAAGGGUGUUUACUUUGAUCCUACAGAAUCCUAGUUGAGGCAUCUUAGAUGGAAGGGGAGGGACUUGAGUAGGAUGGAAACCAACUUCUGAUUAUGCAGAUUUAUGCCUUUAUUUUUUAGCUCUUUUUUUUUUAUUUUAUUAUGUUCAGUCUUCCAAGUUGGUUUAGUUUGGUUCUCUAGAGCUGUAUAGUUUGGUUAAAUAAUUAGUAAUUUAGUUUUCUAUGGAAUUAGGCUCACAAUUAACCCUUGUUUUUCUUUGAUAUUUAUUUCUUGGCUUCAAUUUUUUUUUUUUUACUCUUCUCAGUGCUGAUUUUGUUGUUUUCCUUUGGCUGAGGAAUCUGUGUAGAGCUUUGCUGAUGUUGCGAGAUGUAGCUACCCGAGAAACACGGAAUGAAACACACUAGAAGUGCACCCUUUUAAUCUUUACUAGUCAUUGUGAAGUUGCUGUGUAAGUUAAUAAACACAAUUGUAAAUACAUUGUUUGCUGGGCGACUCUGGCCGAGUUACAGUGCAGGAAGGAAUUCUCGAGUCUGUGUUGCGAUUGCGAAUUACAUGGACAAUUGCAAGGGAAUAUUCAGGCUCCUCCUUGGUUCUCUUCUGCCCCUCUCUCUACCAUCUAAAAUAACCACCUGGGGGAGAGGAAGGGAAUCGUCCUCACCACCACUUUCCCCAGGAGGCGGGCAUAAAAGAGUUGGAAUUCUUCAUUCCUGAGGUGAAGGCCAGGCUCAUGCCCUGCCCUGGGUUUCUAGCAACUCUGCACAACAAUAACUUAAAGGCAGAACGAGAUGUAAAAGUGCUUUUCUAAUGCAAUAUUAAAGGCGAAUUUUUUUGACGUGGCAUGUCUUGAAAUAAACAUCAAUGAUAUGUGA